AUGGUGUUUAUUCUUCUUCUUCCCCCUCUCACCCUUUCUUCUUCUUCUAGAUAUUCUCGUCCCGAGAAUUUUUACGUCAAUUGUGGGUCGGAUUCUAAUGUCACUUACGGUAACCGAACCUUCGUCGGAGAUAUGUCCUCCGGUGGUAACUCUGUUUCCUUCACCAGCAAAGGAACUGAAACCAGCAACCAAUCUGGAUCGUCCACUUACCCGGAAAUAUAUCGGACGGUUAGGAUCUUCACACGUCCUUCUUCUUACAAGUUCCAUCUCGAUUCCGUUGGUCUACACUUUGUGCGUCUCCAUUUCUCUGCUCUCUCUUCUCAAACAGAGCUUUUAACCGCUCGCUUCACCGUCUCUGCUACUUCUGGUUCUACUCAUCACUUCAAAAGCUUCUCGGUUCAGAACUUCAACGAGACUCCAAGAGUUGAGGAGUUUCUACUAAUGAUCGAUUCGCCGGACUUCGAAAUCCGAUUUGUUCCCGAUCCUUCAUCAGUGGCUCUCAUCAACGCCAUCGAAGUGUUCUCUGCUCAUGAUGACCUCACGAAUCCGUCAGAGUCAAACAAGAACCUGCGUACGAUUUACAGGUUAAACGUAGGAGGCAAGAAAACCUCGCCGGAAAACGACAAGUUUGGACGAACAUGGUCGCAAGACGAUGACUUUCUUUACCAAAAAGACUCUGCAAGAAACAUUCAAUCAAGAAAAAAGCCAGUGAAGACAGCGUCAGGGACAGAACCCACUGCUCCUGAUCUCGUCUACAAGACAGCUAAAACGAUGAUUACGUUUGGGAUGGACAAGAUAAUGUUAAACGUUACUUGGUCGUUUAAGGUCAAAAGCAACUCCAAGCACUUCAUCAGGGCUCACUUCUGUGAUAUCAAGAACGAAGCAAGAAACUCAAACUCCGAUUUCUAUCUAUACGUAAACGGGCAUUGGCGGAUAUAUGUAGACCCGUGGGAUCAGGUUAGGACGUUGGUGAGUCCGUUUUAUAUCGACGUCGUGAAUGUCUCUGAUGGUUCUGGUCUCUUGAACGUUAGCUUAGGUAAUAAGGAGCCUGGUAAAGAUGCUGGUUUUCUGAAUGGUCUUGAGGUGAUGGAGUUUUUGGAAAAACCUUCAGACAAAAGUAGUUUCUUGGUUUACAUCAUUGCUGGUUGUGCUGCUGGUGCAUCGUUUCUUGCCUUUGGUUUGUUGUUUAUACUUUUCUUGAAGCGGAAGGGAUCGAAGAAGAAGACGAAGAAGCCAGACGUUGAGGUCACGGAAUCCUCUCCUUUGCCAUUGCAAAGAGGUGGUGGGAGUUCCCACAAUGGAGCAUUCUACUCGAACAACAAUUCGCCAUUACACGACCUACACUUAGGCUUGAAGAUUCCCUUGAUGGACAUUCUGAGAGUUACGAACAAUUUCGACGAGCGGUGUUUGAUCGGGAAAGGCGGUUUCGGAGAUGUUUACAAAGCCAUUGUCCCAGACGGAAGAAAAGUGGCUAUCAAGAGAGGCAAGACCGGUUCAGGACAAGGAAUCUUGGAGUUUCGAACAGAGGUUCAAGUCCUGUCAAGAAUCUGGCACAGGCAUCUCGUUUCUUUAACUGGCUACUGCGAUGAGUACUCGGAGAUGAUCCUUGUCUACGAGUUUAUGGAGAAAGGUACGCUCAAGGAGCAUCUAUACGGCUCUGAUUUUCCUUCGUUGACAUGGAAACAGAGGCUAGAGAUUUGCAUGGGAGCAGCAAGAGGGUUGCAUUAUCUCCACAGUGGCUCAGAGGAAGCGAUCAUUCACAGAGACGUCAAAUCCACAAACAUAUUACUAGACGAGAACAAUGUGGCCAAGAUUUCGGAUUUCGGGAUCUCGAAACUCGUGGUACGUGAUCAAGAACCGGUCAUCAGUAUCAGCACCGACAUCAAAGGAACAUUCGGUUACCUCGACCCUGAGUACCGGUACACACGCGUCUUGACUGAGAAAUCGGAUGUGUACGCGUUCGGAGUCGUUCUUCUCGAGGUCUUGUGCGCUAGACCGGCUCUCGAUCGUCGGCGCCCUCAAGCGGAAGCGAAUCUAGCAGAGUGGGCUAUGUCCUGCAAAGACAAAGGGAUGAUCGAUGAGAUCAUAGACCCGAUGUUGACAGGUCAGGUCGAACCGAACGUUUUGAGGAAAUUCUUGGAAGUCGCGGAGAAGUGUCUGAAGGAUUCCGGAGACGCGAGGCCGAGCAUGGCGGAUGUGAGCUGGAAUCUUGAAUACAUUUUACGGCUUCAGAUGAUGAUGACGAAUCACGAAGAUAGCGCCGCCACAGUCUCCAGCUGCGGAGGAGAUGGCUCACUGGUGAUUCCGAGGCUAAUGGUGAGUGACUCGCUUAGCUCCAACUCGAAUGUAGAGGAGGAACAAGUGAAGAACAGAUAUGAACAUACAGAUUCUUGA